UGGAUUGUAGAAGGUAAAAUGAUCUGUGCAGGGAUUUGCAGGUUAAGAAAGCUUAGGAGGUUUAAUGUCAUGACGUCACUUUAAUUAGCAGUCGCUUUGAUCCCUUCAGCCCGUAAGCCACCGUAGUCUUCCAGCUUGACCGAGGAGACCAGGAGCCUUUUGUGCUUUAUGCAGCUCUUUAGCGCAGGAUGCGAUCGGGUGAAGGAGACGUCCAAUAAAUCAAGCAAUCCGGUUCAUUUUUCUCCUUCUAGCUUUCUGCAGGUGAUGCAUCUCCUUUAAGGACACUCUUACAAUCAUACACCUGAUACAAGAUGGCAGACAAGGACAGUGUGGAAAAAUACCUGGAGAAUAACCCACAGUUUGCAAAAGAGUAUUUUGAUAAGAAGUUCCGGACCGAAGCCAUCACGGCUGCUUUCACGGACGAGCUCGAGAUCAAAGAUCCAUCCUCCUACAAAGAUGUCACCCUGAUCCAGGAGGCUGCCAUCAUAUUUGAUCUGGUUAAGGAAUUACAGGGUGAAACCUUCAUGGAGAAGAGCAUGCACAAGGUCCUCCAGAGAAUAUGUCUGCUAGUGAAUGCAGAUCGAUGCAGCUACUUUAUAUUUCGAGCUAGGAAUGGAAUCCCAGAGCUCGCCACGUGUCUUUUUGACGUUACCGCUACUUCCUCAUACGAGAGCAAUCUGGUCAACCCGUUUUCUGAAAUCGUGUUCCCUACCGACAUCGGCAUAGUUGGGCAAAUAUCCACAAACAAAAAGGGAGUUAACAUACCCGAUGUGAAGCAGAACCCCCGCUUCAGUGACUUUGUAGACAACCAGACAGGCUACACCACCAAAAACAUGAUCGCUGCUCCCAUUAUGAGUGGAAAGGAUCUGCUGGGAGUCAUCAUGGCGUUAAACAAAGUCGGAGGAACAGAAUUCUCCAAAGCAGAUGAAUUACUCUUCAACAAGUACUUAGACUUUGCCUCAGUCAUAGCUGUUCAGCAUUACACCAAUUACAUGUGGAACGUGGAAUCCAGAAGAAGUCAGGUUCUUCUCUGGUCUGCCAGCAAGGUGUUUGAGGAGUUGACUGACAUCGAGAGACAGUUUCACAAAGUUCUGUACACUGUGAGGACCUACCUGCAGUGUGAGAGGUAUUCUGUAGGGCUACUGGAUAUGACCAAAGAGAAGGAAUUCUACGACGAAUGGCCGAUUAAACUGGGAGACGUGGAACCGUACAAAGGGCCCAAGACACCCGAUGGCAGGGAAAUCAACUUCUACAAAAUCAUUGAUUAUCUUUUAGAAGCUAAGGAAGAAAUCAAAGUCAUCCCGGGACCACCUGCAGAUCACUGGGCCCUUGUUAGUGGACUCCCCACCUAUGUAGCUGAAAAUGGAUUCAUUUGUAACAUGAUGAACGUUGCUGCGGACGAAUACUUCAAGUUUCAGAAAACGGCAGUGGACGAGACCGGCUUUGUCAUCAAGAACGUCUUGUCUCUUCCGAUAGUCAACAAAAAAGAGGAAAUCGUAGGCGUCGCUACUUUCUUCAACCGAAAAGAUGGCAAGCCUUUCGAAGAGCAAGACGAGCAGAUCACCGAGGCCCUCACACAAUUUCUGGGUUGGUCUGUGCUCAACUGUGAUACUUAUGAUAAGCUCAACAGGAUGGAGUGGAGAAAAGAUAUUGCACAGGAAAUGGUUCUUUAUCAAACAAAAGCAACCAACAAUGAGGUCCAGGAGAUCUUGAACACAUGGGAUAAGUACAGCAAAGAACCAGAGGAAUGUGAUCAAAAAGAAUUGUACAAACUCUUGAGGGCAAACAUACCUGAAGCCAAAGAUGUCGAGCUGCUGGAGUUCCGCUUCAGUGACUUCCCUCUGUCUGAAGUCGACCUUAUCAAGUGCGGUAUCCGCUGCUUCUUUGAACUCGGUGUGGUGGAGAAGUUCAAAGUUCCUCCAGAGGUUCUAACCAGAUGGAUGUACACAGUCAGGAAGGGUUACAGAGACAUCACGUACCACAACUGGAGGCAUGGCUUCAACGUGGGUCAGACCAUGUUCUGUUUACUCCAGACUGGAAAGCUAAGAAAAUACUACUCUGACCUCGAUGCCUUUGCGAUGGUGGCAGCUGCUUUUUGCCAUGAUAUUGACCACAGGGGUACCAACAAUCUUUAUCAGACAAAGAGUGCUUCACCUUUGGCCAAACUUCAUGGUUCCUCUAUUCUGGAGAGGCAUCAUCUUGAAUAUAGCAAAACUCUUAUGGCAGAAGAGAACAUAAACAUUUUCCAGAGUCUACAGAAACGACAGUUCGAGACAGUACAGCAUUUACACGACGUCUGCAUCAUCGCCACCGAUCUGGCUUUGUACUUCAAAAAAAGAACAAUGUUCCAGAAGAUCGUUGAUGCCACAGAACCGAUGACCGACGAGAAGGAAGCCAUUAGUUACAUAGCCAACAAUCCCAUAAGGAAAGAAAUCAUCAUGGCCAUGAUGAUGACCGGCUGUGACCUGUCUGCCAUCACGAAACCAUGGGAGGUCCAGAGCAAGGUGGCUCUGAUGGUGGCUGCGGAAUUCUGGGAGCAGGGAGACCUAGAGAGGAACGUACUCGAUCAAGAACCUAUUCCCAUGAUGGACAGGAGGAAGGCAGAUGAGCUUCCCAAGAUGCAAUGCGGCUUCAUCGAUUUCGUGUGCUCCUUCGUCUACAAGGAAUUUUCAAGGUUCCAUAAGGAGAUCACUCCGAUGUUUGAUGGUCUGAACAACAACAGAGCCCACUGGAAAGAGCUGGCUGAUGCUUAUCAAGCUAAACUAGAUGCCAUUGAGAAUGAAAAGAAGAAACUGGAGAACAAACAAGAAGGACCAGAAGUUACUGAAGUUGGGAAGUCUAAAACAUGCACCAUGUUUUAAAAAGAACCAUCACCAUCGGACAAAGAUCCCGACCGAGCAGCUACACGUGACAGCAGACGGAAGGUCUUUUUGGACCUCAGGAUUGACCACUUUUGGUUGUUUUUUUUUUCCCCACUAAACCUAUUCUAGACGGAAAGGGCCGAUACGGAAAACGACUUCCGGUGCGGACGUGUCGUCUACGCCGCGAAAACACCAGCACAAACGGAAUAUGAUGUACAGUAUGAUGAUCGCUUUGUGGUUGAUUUCAUGUAUCACUAGUUUUUAAUCUAAGACGGACUUCCAGUAACUAUCGCAAAGGCCGCAGUGUAAAGGCUAAAUUCUACCACAUGGAAUUAAUUCAGAGUCCGAAUUUAAAAAAUAAAUAAAUAAAUAAUUCCGUCAAUAACACUUGAUUAGUAAGUCGUUCAUAUUUAUAUAUUAAAUAUAUAUUUAUAUAAAAAAUACUUGUACUUAUUUAAACUGGAAGUAACAAUGUUGGAGAAAGAAACA